AUGCCUCCUUUAUUCAAAUAUGACGACUACGAUCAAUGUCGAGCAAUUUACAAACGAAAUUUCACGUAUUGUGUCGUCGAUGUUCAACUCUUUGAAGGCUCUAACAGCAGUUUGUGGCGACAAAUUGAGGAUUUUUCACGUGAUCGGAGGUGUCAUUUUCGACAUGACAAGAUUAAAAGGGGAAUUUGCUUGAAUGAACAUCUUGAUGUGGGCUUCAAAGGGACUUUUGUUAACAAAAUGAUGAGAAAUCGAACCAAAAAUGAAGAAAAAUUGGUUCAAAAAGUGAUUUUUGAUGAUCUUCUUGCCUCUUAUGGACUAAAAAGUGAUCAAAAAGUUAAAUUUUGUAUGACUGAUGAAACUGAAAAAGCUCGAAUGUCUUUUGACCUUUUCGACAUCCUAUUCACGUUCAUUAUUGUGUCAAUAUUGACCAUCAUUAUCGUUGGAACCGUAUCUAAAAAUAUUCAAACCACAAAAACUGCUCUUAAAUACUUUCAAAUCUUCUCAUUGCCACACAACGUCAAACGUUUAUUCGAAAAUCGUUCAUCUGAAACUGCCUUCAUCGAUGCUAUUCGUGUCAAUGCGGAACAAAUCGUAAUUUUGGUCCACAUUCGAGUCCUUUUCGCGGAAAUUGGCAUGGAAAAUCCUCUGACGAUGGAAUGUGAAGCUCAUCAACCGUACACUUCCGUAUUUGCAUCCUUCGUAAUUCUUCUUCAAAACUUUUUCCUGCUCAGUGGCUUCUUGUCGUUCUAUAAAAAUGCGAAAAAAAUCAUUGUUGACCAAAAAUCAUUAACAAAAAUGGAUUUUUUGGAGAUGAUUGUUAAACGAGUCGUUCGCUUACUUCCAUUGAUGACCUUGAUGAUGUUCUUUAACGCCACUCUUGCUACGAAAAUCUCUUCAGGACCGAUUCUUAACGACAUUUUAGACCAAGAAAAGGAGUUUUGUCGCAAAAAUUGGUGGACCAACAUUUUAUUUUUGAAUAAUUUGCUGCGAUCUGACGAACCGUGUCUACAGCAAACAUGGCAUGUUGCCGUCGAAAUGCAAAUGUUUGUAAUGGAGUUAUUGGUGCUCAUUAUCAUUAAUAAAUGGAAAAACCUGUCAAGUUUAGUGUUAACAUCUACUUUUGUUCUGACAAAUAUCUUUCAAGUCCUGUUUUUGUAUGGAAAUGGACUGAUCGGCAUCUAUUUAGCGGAUUUGGACGCGCAAAGAACAACAUUCCGUUUCGAAGAAAACUAUCAGAAAAUGCACAUUAAUCCACUUACAAACACUAAUGGAUACGUAAUUGGCAUGAUUGUGGCUUACGUUCAACUGAAAUUGAUCAAAAAUGGCAAGAAUUUGAACGAAAAUUGGGUCUUCAAAAAAUGGAAUUCAAUCUUCCUCAUUUCCUUUGUUCCUGUUGGAUUUUACUCUUACGUCAUGUAUUUCCAUCGAAUCCAGCAUCCAUCUAUCGUUUUUCCAAUUUUAUCGACUCUUUCGAGGAACUUGUGUGUUCUGCCUGCUGCUACAGUCAUCCUGCAAAUGUUCAACUCGUCAAAAACUGAUGAAAAUCCGGGAGUCAUGAAAUUAUUCAACGAUUGUUACAUCUUCAAGCCUUUGUCAAAGAUCAAUUACGGCAUUUAUAUCGUUCACGUACCCGUCCUAUUGUUCGUUAUCGCAGCAACUACCUCAAGUCUCGUCAAGUACGGGUCAAUGGUUGACAUCUUGAUGCAUCUUUACCCAUUUGCGGUGCUUGCGACGACACUAACUGCGGCAAUUUGCUUCGUUACCUUCGAAAUGCCGACGAUAAGUGCCUUCAAAUUGCUCUAUUACAGCACUUCCAAGAAGGAAGUUUAA